AUGUUUGGAUUUGGAAACCAAAACUCAAAUACAGUUGGAAAGACGGGUAGCUUGUUUGGAAACAAUGCUUCAUCAAGUACUUUUGGAGGGCCUUCACAAGUCAACAAUAAUAUAGGAUUUCAGAAUCCUGCUCCAGUAACAUCAAAUACUUCCACCAACUUUUCAUUUGGAAACAGGAAUCCUUCCAACUCCAAUAGUCUAUUUGGUGGAUCUGGAAACCAGCAAUCCAACGCUACAUCCGGAGGAAUAUUUGGAACCAACACUACAUCAGGUGGAGGCUUAUUUGGUAAUAGUGCAUCCACGGGAUCCAAUCCUUCUGUUGGUCUUUUCGGGAACAAAGGCUCCAGUAACAAUAAUGAUAAUACCGGUAGUUUGUUCGGGGUAUCAAAUAAUACCACUAAAAGUGGAGGCUUGUUUUCAAAUGCAAAUUCAGGGCUCUCAUUGACGCAAGGAAAUAACAAAUUGCAAAGUACACAGUCAAAUUCCGUGAAUGGUAAUGAAAAUCCAUAUGGUCUUGUGCUGGGCUCUCUCUUGUCCACAAAGGACAUGCCAAAAUCGCUAACUAGUUCAAAUUCACCAACUCUUUCUCAUAGGCAAGAAGCUAACAAUUUGAAAUUUACUUACCAGCCGCAUUCCUCCACCUCAAAAAGUUCGAUUUUAGCUAAUCUUGGGAAGUCUUUUCAUGUCACCAAUUCUUCAAAAUCAAGAGUUCAGUUCGGCACUUCAAUUCACAAUAAAGAUGAUAGACAACCAGCCAAGAGAAAUGCGGAACAAACCUCUGUUCAACAAAGCUUUCAAUCACCAGGUCAUGAUUUCAAGAGGCUUGUAGUAGCUCGUAUUAGCGAUACUCCUUCAAAUUUUUAUGAGGUGAAUUUAGACGAUAUUCUCAGAAAACGGAGAAAAUUGGCUAUAAAGCAUGAUGAUACGAUGUUUCGAAAAACAAUUCUUUCUCAGAACUUUGAUGGCGAAAAUCUUCCGCAUAAACCAAGAAGGAUCGCUACUAUUACGUCGGAAGUUGAGAGAAAAGAUAACAAGGCACAGAACAUCAAAGAAGAUGGGUACUGGUCCUCGCCAAGUAUUGAGGUAUUGUCUCAACUGGACACAGAAGAGCUUGCAUCUGUCGAGAACCUCAUUAUUGGCAGAAUCGGUUAUGGUCAAGUUGCAUUUGAACAGCCGGUUGACCUGAGAGACUUCAAAUAUGACCUCCAAGGAUCACUAUUUGGAAAGGCUGUCAUUUUCAAACGGAAAGUGAUACAGGUAUACUCAGACUGGGAGGAGAAGCCACAGAUUGGUUCUGGUUUGAAUGUUCCUGCUAUUAUUACUCUUGAGAAGUGUUAUCCAUUAGAUCCUGUUACUAGGAAGCCAAAUACUGACCCCUCAAAUUUGGAUAUUUCUUCUUUCAUCACGAAGCUCAAAUCCUUCAAUGGAAUGAAUUAUAUCAGUUACAGUCCAAUUUCUGGAACAUGGGUCUUUGGGGUUGAGCAUUUUAGUAUUUGGGGUAUAGUUGAGGAAGAUGAUCUAGAGAUUGAACCUGAUCUUAAGCUGAAGUUUCAAAAGCAACAGGAAGCUGAGAAUCUUAAUGCAAUAAAAAAACAAAAAGUGCCAAACAAUCAAUUUUUUGGAACUAAGUUUCACCCUGAGGAUUCUUUGGAUUCUUUAGAUCACUAUAAAUCACCUCUAGAACUAGGUACUGACAACCAUUCUGACAGUGAUGGAUUACUUAAUACCACGGAGGAUGAGCUGAAUGAGCCAAAUGAGUUUCCGGAUGGACUUGUCUCUGUUAAACCUUACGAACCUUCUGUCGAAGAUGUUGAUCUAAAGCUCAUAGAUGUAACACCUGACUUUCAGACAUCCAAGGACUGGGAAAGACAAUUUGAGCUAGCUUUUGAUACACACAGCGCAUUCAGUUACUCAUCUACCAAAGGUAAUCAACUGCCAAACAAUCUGACGCACGCCCGCCUAGAUGCUUUGCUUUUUGGGGAUCCGGAAAAGGCUCAGGCUUAUAAGACAGAAAUUCAAUCCAACCUAAAGUUUAACAACGGUUACCCUCGCUUUAUUGAAUGGACCGAUGAUGGUAAGAUUCUUACCAACAAUAAUGACAACAGUUUCGUUGCCGAGCUGGUUGAUGUUUCCUCUCAUUUUUCAUUUGACCACAAUAAAGCAACUGCUCAGGCUUUGCGAAGCAUGAUCUCGCAUUCCAAUAUAACUACGAAAGAUGGAUUACCUCAGUUUACGACCAAUGACUCUUUCACUUUUGCAGAAUUAAACAAAGGUUUCUAUACAACUUCCGGUGUGGAGAACCUUUUGUGGAACCUUUGCUCAAAUCUUUUUGACAAUUGCAAUCUUGAGGCGCCAAAGAAGGUAAUUGAUAAUAAACGCCGUGAAGAUUUGAUUAGUUGGCUUCGGGAAAUUAAUGGAAUCGAGAUUGAGCGAUUAAUGUUAGCUUCCAAUAAUGAUCCUUUAGAGAAAGUAUUUGUCCAUGUUGUUGGUGGAGAUAUUGAAUCUGCUAUCAUGGAAAGUGUCAGACAUGGAAACAAUCAUUUAGCCUCUCUAAUUACAUUAUUAGGAUCUUUUGAUUUUGAGGUGUGUCAGCUCGCAACAGAACAACUGAGAGACUGGUGGAGAUCUUCUUCUUGGAAGUUGAUUCCCCAGCCUAUAUUGAAAAUUUACCAGCUUCUUUCUGGAAGGCUUUUGGAAGAUAAUCUGGAGUUUUUUGUUGAUUGCUUUGAGGGGCUGUCAUGGUCACUAGCCUUGCAGAUGUUUCUAAGUUAUGGUGAUCUGAAUAAGACAUUGGCGGAAUCUUUAGCACAUUUUAAUUCCGCCUAUACAAACGUUCCAAGCAAAGAUAUUUUUUAUAGCAUACUGAAACUUUACAGCCAAUUGAAUGGUACCGAGGGGGAUCAAUUGAACUCAAUCUAUUGUUCGUUUAAUGAUAGCAUUCCCAAAAAGCUUGAUGCUAAAAUUCCCUGGUUCAUAUAUGAGGUAUUGAUCCGUUCGAAGGGUAAGCGUGAUUGUUUAUACCAAGGCGAUGUAAUUACGUUAGCUUUUGCGGAACAAUUACAUAUUAGUGGGCAGAUUCAAGAGUCUAUUUUUGUUUUACUACAUUUGGAGAAUUUCAAAGAGCUUCAGCUCUUAAUAGAAGAGGUUAUAACAAAGACGAUCGGAAAUUUGAAACUGAAGGAAGGUUCAUCAUCGGCUUUUGAACGUACCUUACUAGAGACUUAUCACUUGCCGUCUUAUCUGAUAGGUAGAGCGUCUGCGACUUAUUACAGUUAUAGAGGUGAUCAUUUGAACCAGGUUACUUCACUGCUUGCCGCUAAUUCGUCCAAUGAAGCUCACGACGUUUUGCUAACUUACGUUGCACCUAAUGCUAUAAUACAAGGGGGAGACCAGCUCGCUCAGCUCUCUACCAUUCUUGCUAAGUUUAGAGAUCUUGACGUUGAUAGAUGGCAUAUUGGGGGUGAAGUAUAUCAGAUCUACCUGAAACUUCUCAAUACCUCUGAAGGGAAUGAUGUUCAAGACUACAUGGUAGUAUUACUGGAGCGCUUACCCCAAAUGGAAACCCAUAAUUUCAGUAUGAAAGUUGCUUUAGCUAUCAUCUCAAAAGCAAUUGGUCAUAUGAUUCUAAAACUGAAGCCUAAUUUGGCGAGAGAGAAGCUACUUAAUCUUCCGUUUCACCCUAGUGAUUUAAGCUACUUCAGGAAGAGUGUAGGCCAUUAG